AUGAUAGAAAAUAAUAAUAAUAAAUGUGUACUUCAUCCAAAUAAUAAAUUAAAACUUUUAUGUUUUGAUUAUAAUUUUUAUCAAGAAUUAAUAGAAAGGAUUCAAAAUGAUCAUAUAAUAUUAAAAGAGUCAAAUGAUACUUUUGAAAAAAUUCAAUCACAAUAUGAUAAUGAUAUUAAUUUAUUAAAAAAUGAAUUUAAAAAAAUACAUGCUAGAGUUUCAUUUCUUGAAUUAGAUUUCGAAAAACAACUAUCAACAAAUUUAGAAAACAAUUCAUUUAAAAAUAAAAUUAUUACUUCUUCAAUCGAAAAUGAUAAUAAAAUAAUUUCAACAAUUUUAAAUAAUAAUAAUAAUAAUAAUAAUAAUAAUAAUAAUAAUAAUAAUAAUAAUAAUAAUAAUAAUAAUAAUAAUAAUAAUAAUAAUAAUAAUAAUAAUAAUAAUAAUAAUAAUAAUAAUAAUAAUAAUAAUAAUAAUAUUGAAUCAGCCAAUGAAUGA